AUGAGGCAUGCAGAUAUAACAUUCCAGCUAUUACAACAAAUUACAGCUAACUUCUCUGAGGAGCGGAAACUUGGCCAAGGCACAUUUGGAACAGUUUACAAGGGGGUGCACAAUGGUGAAGAGAUUGCUGUGAAGAUGUUUAGAGAUAAGGACCCAGGACUUGAUGACGCACGAUUCCAUGAUGAGUUUGAUAAGCUCAAAAGUCUCAGUCAUCCCAACAUCGUACAGUUAAUUGGCUACUGCUAUGAAACUCAUCGUGAAUAUAUUGAGCACGAGGGAGUACUGGUACAUGCUGAAAAGAUAUACAGAGCACUCUGCUUAGAGUACUUGCACAAAGGGAGCCUUCAAAACCACCUAUCUGGUAGGCGCUGA